CCAGCUCUGGCCGGGCUGUUGUCAACAAAUACUGACAGCACUGAGUCAGACCUGGGCGAGUGCAGCAACAGACAAGAUGUGGGAGCUGCUCUGUGUCUUGUGUUGGCUCAUCGCCUCCUGCCAGGGGCACGGUGAUGGUGGUGAAGCCGUCUUCAUGGGACAGUGAGUGUUGGAGCCUCCGUUUUUCUGGUCGGGGUCAGGGGGUUCGAUGCUGUCUCUGCCCGAGCGGGGAGAUGAUGCGUUCCCCCGACAGCAGCGGCCCGACGCCGGCAACCUGGCCGACCUGUGCCGCUCCCUGGGCCCGAGAGAGGUCCCCCUCUCCCUCUCCCCCGGGGCUGGAGACCAGACCCCGACCCGGACUCGAGCCCGCCCCGACUCCUCACUCCGGCUGGAGGCAGCGACUCAGGCCAUGGAGGCAGCGCUGACUGAAUGUUGCCGACAGUCCCAGCUACACACUCGGCUCACUUGUAGCCUGGAGGCGUGGGAGCGCUCACUGCUGGAGUUCUGCGAGGAGGAGCUCUCCGUGAAGACAGUGCCACACAAGUGUUGUCAGCAGACAGGGGAGAGGAGGUGGGAGUGCUUCACCUGGGCUGCUCACUCCCAACCCAACACCACAUCCACAGCUGAAGGUGAUGCCACUGGUGACGGUGCCACCACGGUGGUGGAUCCACCGUUCCCUGGGCGUUGGACACAGGAGGAGAUGGCGUCUCUGCCCCCUCGCGCCCGUGAUGCCGACAGGGUCCUGACGAUGGCGUUCCCCCGGCAGCGCCCCGACGCGGGCAACGUGGGCGACCUGUGCCGCUACGUGGGCCAGAGAGACCCCCACCCCCUGGGGACCCUGCCCCGCACCGGCUUCACCCACCUGCGUCAGCUGCUGGCGGCAACUGUGGCCAUGGAGACGGGGUUCAAUGGUUGUUGUAGUGACCCACAGUCCUUCAAUCAACUACAAUGUAACCAGGAUGUGUGGACUCGUUCUCUGGACGAUCUGUGUGCGGGGGGUGAGUCGGGAGCCACGUCGCCACACCUGUGCUGCCGGAUGCCGGAGAGCAAGAGGCACGACUGCUUCUCCUGGGCAGCCCCGGCCCAGAGCUACCUGCCUCCCGCCCACGGCCCGGCCGAGGUCCCCGACUUCACCCACGCCGACUUCCCGCCGGGGCGGCCGAGCCCGGAGAACAUUGACAACAUCUGCCGGGGUCGGCACCAGCCGUUGACCAUCACCCCCGUGUCGGAGCUGGUGGAGUUAACGCCGGGGCAGCUCACGGCCGCCAGGCUCCGCACACAGCUGGCCGGUCACUAUAGGUCCUGCUGCUCCGGGGAGAACCGGUUACAGUGUGCCAAGGACAAGUGGUCUGAGCUAGUGACCCAGUUCUGCACGGAGCCAGUGGAAGCAAUGGAUGCCAGCAGCCCGUGUUGCCUGAAGGUGGGUGAGGAGAGAGACGACUGCCUCGCCAGCCGAACCACCUUCCCAAACUACGACCAUGAAGUCCACGUCCUCAACCUGUCCGCGUUGAGCGAGUGGAAGAUGGACAUUCUCUGCCGUGCACACACGGAGUUGAUUGAUGAAGGGCCCCAGAGCCUCCUCGUGAAGGUGCUACAAAGAUGUUGCAGUCGACAGAACGACCAGGAGAAGCUUGCCUGUGGGGUCAACAAGUUAGAAAAGUUUGCUAAUCGAGCUUGCAACCAAGACUCCAGCCAGUGGAACGAUGCUCUGAGCUGCUGUUCCCAGGAUACCCAGAAUUGCUUCAACACCCACUACCUGGCUCAGGUGAAGGUCUACCUCCAGGUAGCAUGAAGACUGAGCCAGCGAGAGGCUGUGUAGAGCUGGCGUUACCUUGCACUAAACGUUAUUCCCUUAAUCCUGUAUCUGUACACUGUAGACGGCUCGAUUGUAAUCAUGUAAUUCACUGGCUGGAUAGCACGCAACAAAACGCUUCCACCUGCACCCCGAUACGCACGACAUUAAUAAACUCAACUCAAUAAAAUCCGCCCAGUUACUCCA